AUGUCUUCCCUUUUUGAUGCUGUUCUUCAGUCUGAGUUGGGCUCUGGGAUGGAUGGCCGUGAUAACCUGCGGUCUGAUCAUCUCCCAAGCUCACGACGCUCUGAAAGCAAUGGCCCAAUGAGUGAUAUGAAUGCAUUCCCCGAUGAUCAAGUAGUCGGGGCCAGUUCUUCAGGUGUCAGCCGACCGAAUAGAUAUGCCCUACCUCCCCCGCCCGUGGUCGAUGAGGCCGGGGUCAAAGUCCAGCAGGCGUUCCAAGACCUACUCGAGACAUUUAUUGAGGAGGCUUCGUCAUCCGUACCUAUAUCAUCUGGUGAGGUUCUGAGUGACAAGUAUUAUAUUGCACAGAUCAAGGGCAUGAAAAAAUUCGAACUCUCCACUCUCUAUGUGGACUUCACCCACCUCACUUCGCUGGAGAACCCCAUUCUGGCAGACGCUAUUGCCAGUCAAUACUACCGAUUCCUCCCCUUCCUAACCAAGGCUCUUCACAACCUGGUUGCCAAGUACGAGCCUGAAUACUUUGUUUCACAUCGCUUGGCCUCAUCUGCCUCCACGCAAUCCAGUGCAUCCGUCGCAUCGGCAUACGCGAAUGCGAACGAUAACCCUGAUAUCGAGCGAGAGAUCCGCCAGAAGACUCGGCAUCAACAGACAGACAAGCUGUUCGCUCUCGCAUUCUACAAUUUGCCAUUGGUUUCCAGACUUCGACAGUUGCGCACAUCCCAGAUUGGAAAGUUGUUGUCGGUUUCGGGAACGGUCACAAGAACCAGUGAGAUCCGGCCGGAGUUGUCGCUGGGAACCUUCAUCUGUGAGGGCUGCAGAAACGUCGUCCCGAAUGUGGAGCAGACUUUCAAAUACACUGAACCUACCGAGUGCCCAGUGGAUGUAUGUGGUAACCGAAGUGGCUGGCGCCUAGAUAUUGGAAAGAGUACCUUUGUCGACUGGCAGAAGGUCAAGCUUCAAGAAUCUUCCCAUGAGAUACCUACUGGUAGUAUGCCGCGCACGAUGGAUAUUAUUCUGCGAGGUGAGAUGGUCGAUCGUGCCAAGGCCGGAGAGCGCUGUAUUUUCACCGGUACCUUGAUUGUCGUUCCCGAUGUGAGCCAGCUAGGACUUCCGGGUGUGCGCCCCGAGGCAGUUCGUGAUAACGGUUCAUUCCGUGGCAAUGAAGCUGGUGGCAGUGGAGUGUCAGGCCUGAAGGCCCUUGGUGUUCGUGAUCUGACCUACCGCUUGGCCUUCCUCGCUUGCAUGGUCACACCGGAUACUACCACCCCUGGCCAAAAGCCAGAGCAGCAGCUCAGUGGUCAAUCUAACAAUAUCCUGGCUUCUCUGAACCAACACCAAGACCCUGAUAUGAAUGACGACAAGGCACAGGAGGCUUUCUUGCAAAGUAUGACGUCUGCCGAGGUACAGGACUUGAAACAACUGGUACAUUCGGAUUACAUCUAUUCGCGAUUGGUUGACUCAAUUGCCCCCAUGAUCUGGGGUCAUCGUCAGAUCAAGAAGGGCUUGUUGUUGCAAUUGAUCGGUGGUGUCAGCAAGACUACAUCGCAGGAAGCCCUGAAGUUGCGUGGUGACAUCAACAUUUGUAUUGUUGGUGAUCCAUCCACCAGUAAGAGUCAGUUCUUGAAGUACAUUUGCUCUAUGCACCCCCGCGCAGUCUAUACUAGUGGUAAAGCAUCAUCUGCUGCUGGUUUGACCGCUUCAGUUGUCAAGGAUGCUGAGACUGGCGAGUUCACCAUUGAAGCCGGUGCCCUCAUGCUCGCGAACGGUGGUGGAAUUUGUGCUAUUGACGAGUUCGACAAGAUGGACAUCAGUGACCAGGUCGCCAUUCACGAAGCUAUGGAACAGCAGACCAUUUCCAUCGCAAAGGCCGGUAUCCACACAACCCUCAACGCCCGCGCAUCCAUCCUUGCCGCCGCCAAUCCCAUCGGUGGUCGCUACAACCCCAAGGUCACUCUGCGACAAAAUCUCAACUUCAGCGCGCCCAUCAUGAGUCGAUUUGACGUGUUCUUCGUUGUCCGCGACGACCCGAAAGAGCAGGUAGAUCGCAACCUGGCCGAGCACAUCGUCAACGUGCACAUGAACCGUGACGAGGCCGUCAAGCCCGAGCUCACUACUGAGCAGCUACAGCGCUAUAUCCAGUUCGCGCGAACAUUCCGUCCCGUCUUCACAGAUGAGGCCAAAGCUCUCCUCGUCGAGAAAUACAAGGAGCUCCGCGCCAACGAUUCUCAGGGUGGCAUCGGCCGCUCAUCGUACCGCAUCACGGUGCGUCAGCUUGAGUCUUUAAUCCGGUUGUCCGAGGCCGUUGCCAAGGCCAACUGUGUCGAAGAAGUCGUUCCAGGUUUCGUGAUCGAAGCGUACGAUCUCCUCCGCCUGAGCAUCGUCACUGUCGAAAAGGACGAUGUUGAAAUUGACGAUGACCUCCCUGCACCUCAUGCACAUGCGUACGAUGACGAGGACCAUGAGAUGGCUGAUGGGGAUCGGGAUCGCGAGGGCGACAGUCCGAUGCACGAUGACGGCGACGCAGAAGUGACGCAGGCACAGCCCAAGGCUAAGCCCCAAAAGACCAAGAUCACGUAUGACAAGUACGCGACGAUCCUAAACCUUCUCGUGCGUCGUAUCCGAGAGGACGAAGCGAACGAGGGCGAAGGCGUUGAGCACGAGGAUUUGAUCGUCUGGUACCUGGAGCAGAUCGAGGGCGAGCUUAACAGCGAAGAAGAUAUGGAGCGUGAGCGCAGUCUUGUGCAGAAAGUGUUGAAGCGCAUGGUUAAGGAGAGCGUCUUGCUGCGGAUCACACCGCAUAUCAUGCAAGAUGAACCGAGUGAGCAAGAUAAGAUUCACUAUAUCAUCCAUCCCAAUGUCGAGUUUGAAGAAAUGACGAUCAGCUGA